GAUAUCAGAUAGAAAGAAGAAAGAGAUCAGAGAAUAGCCCAUAAAAGGCGAUCAAUAUUUGCAAAUUGCAAGUGUUGACAAAAAGAACCAAACUCAUUUAAAAGUUCAAAUCCCAUUAUAGUCUUAGCUUUUUAACACGAUCCCGUCUCAGAAAAAGUGUCUAUCUCUCUACAACUACUACUACUACUACUCGAGAGAGACAGAGAGAGGGGAAAAAAGGAUAAGAAAAAAAAAAAGGUGAGGGAGGGAAAUGGAUGUGAGGAAAGUAGUUGUGGUAGUAGAAGAUUUGGAUGUAGCAAGAGCAGCACUCCAAUGGACUCUCCACAAUUUACUUCGAUAUGGAGACUUGCUAACGCUCCUUCUUGUCUUCUCUCCUCCGAAAUCCAGAAGCAAGAAGAAAGCAAGACUGCUUCGCUUGCAAGGCUAUCAGCUGGCUCUCUCCUUCAAGGAAAUAUGUAACUCCAAUUUCUUUAACGUGAGUCAACUCAAUUUCCUGUCAACCCAGACAAAUAUUGAGAUGAUUGUCACGGAAGGCGACCAGGAAGGCGGGAAGAUUGUGGCCAUGGUGCGAGAGAUUGGAGCCUCUGUUCUUGUUGUUGGUCUUCAUGAUCAUAGCUUUCUUUACAAGGUGCCUGAUAUUCCUUCACCAAAAAUUCCAUAUCGAAUCUGUCCAAGCCCUUCUGCAAUUAUUUGGAGGCUAAGAAAGUCGAGGAAAAUGAGGAGUUAUUCAAAUGGAGCUUGAAGUUUAAAGUUAGAUUAGUUAUAUCUAAAAUGCACAUAGCUUUGAAGCUAGUUUCACUACAAUCUUUUGAGCACAGUUUUUGUUCAUUAGCAUUAGAGCUUUUAUCUUACACAAUACACAAAAAUAU